ACUAACGGUCGCACGUAACACACGCACGUUAAGCGAUCACAUACAUAAUUCCAAUAGUACCUACUUAGUACCCACCUGCAAUGCAGUCUAAGUGUGAUGUGUGUAAAAGAACGAUUACAAAAUCACUACCGGGAUUAGAAUGCAGUAAGUGUGACAGAGUUGUGCAUCUUAACACCAGAUGCAGUGGUCUGACUGGUAAGCAAAUCGCCGCCCUCAAAGCGGCCACCAGCUUAGAGUGGACUUGCCUUGAAUGCCAGCGGGAGUCACCAAGACGCAAUUCAUCAAUCAUUAUGCCGGAAGAAGACGACGAAGACGACAACACACCUGUCCAAAUUGACGCAAAGAAGCUGUUGAGCAACAUCUCCAAGGAAGUUGAAAAGGCGAUUAAAAGCGAAAUGCGUGAACUUAAUGAGGCAUUGCAGUUUCAUAGUGGAAAGCUAGACGAAGUCGUGGAGUGUAUGGACGCAUUUAAACAAACCAUUAAAGUACUCGAAAGGAAAAAUGUGGAGCUAACCAAUAAAAAUAAUAACCUAGAAACUCGUGUUGGAGCCCUCGAGCAAAGGUUACAAGAAAUCGAGCAAGAAAAGCUUACAAAUUCAGUGGAGAUUGCAAAUGUACCAUACCAGAGCAUAGAAGCGGACAGUAAAAUAUUGGAAAAGGUGGCCCUGAAACUCCAACUACCCACUGGAGGUAUAAAAAGCUCACGAAGACUCCAAGGGAAGAAAGAACAACCGCCGAACAUUAGAGUGGAAUUACAAGACGAAUGUACUCAAGAACAAUGGAUUACGGCUGCUAAAAGCAUCAAAACUAUGGUAGUGGACCUUUGCCCCUCCGAGAAAAAUAAUAAGGAUAUAGUUUACAUUAGUGAAGCAAUGACGAAAACCAACAAGACUUUACUGUGGAAGGCUAAGCAAGAACUAAAGAUUAACCAGAAAUUCAAGUACGUAUGGUUUAAAAAAGGAUUCGUAAAGGCACGCAAAGACGACGGUUCAAAAACCUAUAUUUUACGAACAAUGGCGGAUGUAAACGCCCUCAUAAAGAACAAAUCAUAGGCAUUAUCUGUUAGUCAUAUUAUUUCAUUAAAAAAAAAAAGUUA